AUGCGCUCGAAUAAACCGCAGGACGCUCGCAAUAAAGCGCUUUCUGCGCGGAUCCUUCCGCCUGCGUUAUCCAGUGAUCUUCAGAAAGCACUGAAUGUGGACUCGUUGAAACCAAACCCGUCCAAACCCGGAAGUCUGCGUGACAGUUCUGUCCCGUGUUUCCCGUCUGCCUUCAGCUUCAGAGAUGACAUCACUUCCUGCCCAGAGAGACUGGAUCUGGACCGGCGUGGGCUGACGGAUGUCCCUCAUCUGGACUCGGCUGAGAAUCUGCGUCUCCUCAACCUGCAGCACAACCUCGUCUCACACCUGCAGGACCUGCCUCACCUGCAGCGCCUCGUGGUCCUCGAUCUGUAUGACAACCGUGUGAUUGACAUGUGUGGAGUCUCCUCCCUCACCUCGCUGCGUGUGCUGCUGCUCGGGAAGAACAGAAUCCAGAGGAUCUGUGAUGUGGACGGCCUCACUAAACUUGACGUUCUGGACUUACAUAGUAAUCAGAUCUCUCAGAUUGAAAACGUGUCUCGUUUGAGGAAUCUUGGUUUGUUGAAUCUGUCUGGAAACCGCAUCAGUCGAGUGGAGAAUCUGCAGGGUCUGAGCUGUCUGACCGAACUGAACCUGCGACACAACAGCAUCACGACUGUGACGGAUGUGGAGAAUCUUCCUCGUCUGCAGCGUCUGUUUCUCAGCGCUAACAGCAUCAGCAGGUUUGAUGCGCUGGCCUGUCUGUGGACCUGUCGCUCUCUGAGUGAGCUGAGCGUUGAUGGGAAUCCUGUCGCGCUGGAGUCAUGCUACAGACAGACUCUCCUCCGCUGCUGCUCGCCUCACCUUCAGCUGCUCGACAUGAAGCGCGUCACAGAGGAGGAGAGACGCACGGCGAGUGUUUCAGCACGAAAGGAGGAAGAGAAGAAGAAAGAGAGUCACAAACAGGCUGCGCACAAGGAAAGACGUCGACUCGCAAUCCAGAAUGCAGCACAGCAGUGGGACGGGCUUAAAGCCUGCCUUGAGCUUCCUGCCCAGAAUGGCUCAAAGGAAGACAUCAGUCCAGAAUACAGCCCCGCCCACAGCCCCGCCCAGACCAAUGGGAACACGCAGGAGACAUCGCCAGACGAGCCCAGGUGAAGGUCACUCGUGAGUGUGAGAUUGCGUGAGUGUGUGCAAAGUGUGAUAAUGAG